AUCACUGGGCGCCAAAAGCACUCCCGCGGGAAGGCCAGGGGCGGGGCGCGGUACGGCGCUGCACGUCAGUGGCCUUCCGGGCGGAAGUCCACAGCCUUCCAAGCCGCUGAUUGGCUUUGGUACUGGCGCCUAUCUCGGCCCCCGCGCCACUUUCGGGCUGGUUGGCGCGGAAUCGGGAGUCUAUCUGACCAUGGCGCCAGUCCACGGCGACGACACCCAACUAGGCACAAGCGCUGUGUCAGAUUCAGGGAGUUUUGUAGCUUCUCGAGCUCGUCGAGAAAAAAAAUCAAAGAAAGGACGCCAAGAAGCUUUAGAGAGACUGAAAAAGACUAAAGCUGGUGAGAAGUAUAAAUAUGAAGUUGAGGACCUCACAAGUGUUUAUGAAGAAGUUGAUGAAGAGCAAUAUUCUAAACUGGUUCAGGCACGUCAGGAUGAUGACUGGAUCGUGGAUGAUGAUGGUACAGGCUAUGUGGAAGAUGGUCGAGAGAUUUUUGAUGAUGACCUUGAAGAUGAUGCACUUGACACCUCUGGCAAAGGAAGUGAUGGCAAAGCACACAGAAAGGACAGGAAGGAUGUAAAGAAACCUUCAGUGACAAAACCAAACAAUAUCAAGGCAAUGUUCAUUGCUAGUGCUGGGAAGAAAACUGCAGAUAAAGCAGUAGACUUAUCCAAGGAUGAUCUGCUAGGUGACAUUCUACAGGAUCUGAACACCGAGAUACCUCAAGUAGCUCCACCACCUGUAUUGAUACCAAAGAAAAAAAGAUCAACUGGUGCUUUGCUCAAUCCUUUUUCAGUGCAUUCCCCUAAGGCAAUGCCUUCAGGAGAACCUGCUUCCCCUGUCCUCAGGAAGGAGCCUCUGUUAACUCCCAUUCCCCUUAAACGUGCUGAAUUUGCUGGAGAGCUGGCCCAGCCAGAGUGUCCAGAUGAUGAGCAGGAGUCGGGGAUAAUGGAGUUUGAAGAUGGUGACUUUGAUGAGCCCAUGGAAUCUGAGGAGAUAGAUGGAGAGCCUGUGACUUCCAAAACAUGGGACCAAGAGAGUGAGCCAGUAGAGAGGGUGAAACAUGAGGCAGAUCCUGAGAAAGGGACCACGUCUUUCUUAGAAAGUUUUCUCCCAGAUGUCUCUUGUUGGGACAUGGAUCAGGAGGAUGAAAGCAGUUUCUUAGCUCAGGAAGUUCAAGUGGAUUCCAGUCACCUACCGUUGGUAAAAGGAGCAGAUGAUGAACAAGUGUUUCAGUUUUAUUGGCUGGAUGCUUAUGAAGAUCCAUACAGUCAACCAGGUGUGGUUUUUCUGUUUGGCAAAGUAUGGAUUGAAUCAGCCCAAACCCACGUGAGCUGUUGUGUUAUGGUGAAAAACAUCGAGCGAACACUUUACUUCCUUCCCCGUGAAAUGAAAAUUGACCUAAACACAGGGAAAGAAACAACAACUCCAGUUACAAUGAAGGAUGUUUAUGAAGAAUUUGACUCAAAAAUUGCAGCAAAAUAUAAAAUAAUGAAGUUCAAGUCCAAGACAGUGGAAAAGAACUAUGCUUUUGAGAUACCUGAUGUUCCGGAAAAAUCUGAGUACUUGGAAGUCAGAUACUCGGCGGAAAUGCCACCACUUCCACAGCAUUUAAAAGGUGAAACAUUUUCUCAUGUAUUUGGAACCAACACGUCUGGCUUGGAACUAUUCUUGAUGAACAGAAAGAUCAAAGGACCUUGUUGGCUUGAAGUAAAAAAUCCACAGCUCUUGAAGCAACCAAUCAGUUGGUGUAAAUUUGAGGCAGUGGCUUUGAAACCAGACCUGGUGAAUGUAAUUAAAGAUGUCAGUCCUCCUCCACUUGUGGUAAUGUCUUUCAGCAUGAAGACAAUGCAAAAUAUAAAAAACCACCAGCAUGAGAUUAUUGCUAUCGCAGCUCUGGUCCAUCAUGGCUUUGCAUUAGAUAAAGCACCUCCAAAGCCUCCCUUUCAAACACAUUUUUGUGUUGUGUCUAAACCAAAGGACUGUAUUUUCCCAUGUGCUUUCAAAGAAGUCAUUAAGAGAAAGAAUAUGAAGGUUGAGGUUGCUGCAACAGAAAGAACUUUGCUAGGAUUUUUCCUUGCAAAAGUUCACAAAAUUGACCCUGAUAUUCUUGUGGGUCAUAAUAUUUGUGGUUUUGAACUGGAAGUGCUACUGCAAAGAAUUAAUGUGUGCAAAGUUCCUUACUGGUCCAAGAUAGGUCGACUGAGGCGAUCCAACAUGCCGAAACUUGGGAGCCGGAGUGGAUUUGGUGAAAGAAAUGCAACCUGUGGCCGAAUGAUAUGUGAUGUGGAAAUUUCAGCAAAAGAAUUAAUUCACUGUAAAAGCUACCAUUUGUCUGAACUUGUUCAACAGAUUCUGAAAACUGAGAGGAUUGUAAUUCCAGCAGAAAAUAUACGAAAUAUGUAUAGUGAAUCUUCUCAUCUGUUGUACCUGUUGGAACAAAUCUGGAAAGAUGCCAGAUUCAUUUUGCAGAUCAUGUGUGAGCUAAAUGUUCUUCCAUUAGCAUUGCAGAUCACUAACAUCGCUGGGAACAUUAUGUCCAGGACACUGAUGGGUGGACGUUCAGAACGAAACGAGUUCUUGCUACUUCAUGCAUUUUAUGAAAACAACUAUAUUGUGCCUGACAAGCAGAUUUUCAGAAAAUCUCAGCAAAAACUGGGAGAUGAAGAUGAGGAAGUUGAUGGAGAUACCAGUAAAUACAAGAAAGGACGUAAGAAAGCAGCUUAUGCUGGAGGCUUGGUUUUGGACCCCAAAGUUGGUUUUUAUGACAAGUUCAUUUUGCUCCUGGAUUUCAACAGCUUAUAUCCUUCCAUCAUUCAGGAAUUUAACAUUUGUUUUACAACAGUACAAAGAGUUGCUUCAGAGGUGCAGAAAGCUGAGGAUGAGGAACAGGAACAGAUCCCUGAGUUGCCAGAUCCAAACUUAGAUAUGGGCAUUUUGCCCAGAGAGAUCCGGAAACUGGUAGAGCGGAGAAAACAAGUCAAACAGCUAAUGAAACAGCAAGAUUUAAAUCCGGACCUUGUUCUUCAGUAUGACAUCCGACAGAAGGCUUUGAAGCUCACUGCAAACAGUAUGUACGGUUGCCUGGGAUUUUCCUACAGCAGAUUUUAUGCCAAACCCCUGGCUGCCUUGGUGACAUACAAAGGAAGGGAGAUUUUGAUGCAUACAAAAGAGAUGGUACAGAAGAUGAAUCUUGAAGUUAUUUAUGGAGAUACAGAUUCAAUUAUGAUAAAUACCAAUAGCACCAAUUUGGAAGAAGUGUUUAAAUUGGGAAAUAAGGUAAAAAAUGAAGUGAAUAAAUUAUACAAACUGCUUGAAAUAGACAUUGAUGGUGUUUUCAAGUCUCUGCUACUGCUGAAGAAAAAGAAAUAUGCUGCUCUGGUUGUUGAACCAACAUCAGAUGGGAAUUACAUUACCAAACAGGAGCUAAAGGGAUUAGAUAUAGUUAGAAGAGACUGGUGUGAUCUUGCCAAGGACACUGGAAACUUUGUCAUUGGCCAGAUUCUUUCGGAUCAAAGCCGGGACACCAUUGUGGAAAACAUUCAGAAGAGGUUAAUAGAAAUUGGAGAAAAUGUGCUAAAUGGCAGUGUCCCAGUGAGCCAGUUUGAAAUUAACAAGGCAUUGACAAAGGAUCCGCAGGAUUACCCUGAUAAAAAAAGCCUACCUCAUGUACACGUUGCCCUCUGGAUAAAUUCUCAAGGAGGCCGGAAGGUGAAAGCUGGAGAUACGGUAUCCUAUGUCAUCUGUCAGGAUGGGUCAAACCUCACUGCAACUCAGAGGGCCUAUGCACCUGAGCAGCUGCAGAAACAGGACAAUUUAACCAUCGACACCCAAUACUACUUGGCCCAGCAGAUCCACCCUGUUGUGGCCCGGAUCUGUGAGCCAAUCGAUGGAAUUGAUGCUGUACUCAUUGCAUUGUGGCUAGGACUUGACUCCACUCAGUUUAGAGUUCAUCAGUAUCAUAAAGAUGAAGAGACUGAUGCUCUUCUUGGUGGUCCAGCACAGCUGACUGAUGAAGAGAAAUACAAGGAUUGUGAAAAAUUCAAAUGCCUUUGUUCUACAUGUGGAACUGAAAAUAUUUAUGAUAAUGUCUUUGAAGGCUCGGGAAUUGAUUUGGAGCCCAGCUUGUAUCGGUGCAGUAAUGUUGAUUGUAAGGCUUCACCACUCAACUUUAUGGUACAGCUGAGCAACAAAUUGACCAUGGAUAUUAGACAUUGCAUCAAAAAGUACUAUGAUGUAAGUAUCUGUAAUGGGACUUUACACAUUCAAUUUACUGAAGUAUAAUAAUUGUUUUAUAGUAUUUGAUGCAAG